AUGGGUGUCCAGCCGCGACAGCCUCAACGAGGCCUCGGCUCCACGUUACACGUCCAAAGACCUCCUAAUCAUCACCAACGAAGUAUAUCGUCGUCGUCGCAACAACAAUACCUUCCAACUUCACCAGUCCGGCGAGAUGCUAGCGCAGCCCUCGAUUCCAGUGCCGAACCCGCCGAGACCAUGUCGGGUCGUCAUGUGUCCACUCCAAGACGGCAAGGCUCGAAGUUACGGCUCGAACUGUCAAACGAACUGAUCUCAGCCGGCCCCAUAUCUGCUACCGAAUCACCACAGACUCUUACGCCGUCUCGCCUGAUGCCUCUUUCAGACCCCAUGGAGACGGACAAUAUGAGCCCGGCAUUAUCAAGGGUUUCACAACAAGAUAGCGAUAAUCCCCCUAUGCCAAUGCCCAGGCGCCGACUACCCCAAACCUCGCAGGCCAUACCUUCCACACGGCCGGCCGCUCCGACACCAGCCUCCACUAAGAAAGACGUGCGGCCGAAGCCGUAUACAGUCGAAGUUCCUGCCGCGGCCCCUCGAUACGUAAAUACGAGUAGACAUGAGACCAGGAGCCGAGACCCCUUCAGCAAGGGCCUGUUUUCUGGUAGUGCGGACUUCUUUCCCUGGUCCGGCAAUCAUCAUGAGGAUGAAUGGAGCACCGAGGCUAUACAAAAGGGCACGUGGGAUAGAGGUAGUCAAAAUGAGGCGUCCUCAGCACGACUUGCUAUCUUUCCAGCAUUGAAACAGAGGAGCGGCCUCAAUGCUCUAUCUACUUUAUUCAUGGGCGUGUUGAACCAACGGAGAAUCCGUGGCCAAAUCACAGCCCCGUCAACCUUUAAACCUCCGCCUCGGGUCACCCUUACGGACACAAAGCGGGAAAUAUGGCUAAAGGAUUUGGCAAAUCCAGCUAUAUCCCUCAGGCGCCUCAGCAGAACAAUCCCACAUGGUAUUCGGGGCAGGACACUCCUUGACCAAUGUUUGAACAAGGACGUCCCUACAGAGCGAGCAGUCUGGUUGGCCAAGUGUGUUGGCGCCAAUGAGAUCCGAGCCUUCAAGAGGAAAGGAGCUAGCGGAGCGUUCGUUUUGGGAGGCGAGUUGAAAUGGAUCCGGGAUUGGACUGUAUUUGUUGAACAAUUCAUUGAAUCGGUGGUGUCUGCAUUUGGCGAACCUGACUGGAAAUCAAAAGUGACAUACGCCCAACUGUCAACGCUAGUCAUUUCUCUCCUCAAAACCAAUCCCGAAAGUUUUGUUUGCCCUCCUGCUUGGCAGCGACUUGGCGAGACGUUGAGACUUGUGUUGCCAGCUGAGGACGCAGCCGCCCAGGCUGCGUAUAAUAACGUCAAGUUACGGAAUACCAGGCUUUUAGUUGCCAAUACGGCCUCACCAUCUAGCGGCCGUCAGUAUUUAGUACAGUUGCUAGAUUCCACACUUCAGGGCAAGUGUGAUUCUGGACUGUCUGCAAGAUGUUGGGCGUCUGCAGAUGAUAAAGCCGGGAUAUUGAGAACAGCAGUCGAGUGGGCUACCUCGCUUCACCGGCCUGGGUUGGCCAAGGUUUAUGUUGUGGCUGGUCUGAUGAAGUCCUGGGGCGCUCAUAGGAUCAACGCUACUUCGACAAUCCUUGAUGCACUUGGAGACAUACCCCCUGGUGACAACAUCAGGAAAAGACUUAUUAUUCGACUAGUUGGCGAACUAGUGCGAAGCGGACACUUCUCAGUCGCGCAGUACAUGCAAUGGCUCAUUGGCCGUGGUGGCCUGCAUGGUGCUGAGGAAAUCGAUCCUGUCGACGGUCCUUGCCCUUCUCGUCUUCUGGUAGAGCUGCCUAUUCACUGCCUUCCAGAGGAGCAGAUGGCUCAGAGAGGCAGCCUCCUUAGGCGUGCCGGACAUUACUCUGUUGGUGAUGAGGCCAACGAUAUUUCCUCGGCGCUGCAAUACGUGGAUAGCUCUCUGGGCCUGGCAACUUAUCUCAACGGCUCGGGCCCUUUCCGAAGACCUUUGUCAUUGAAGAAGCUAUCACGAAGAAUCAGAAAUAGCAGCUGGGCAGUACAGAGUGCGAUUGGAGCUCACCUGUAUUAUGUUAUAACGUCCCUACUACCUCACAGGCCCGACUUUGUCAUGACUUUGGCAAUGUUCAGCUCAAUUCGCACCAUGAUGGAGACUGUCGAGGAUUAUUCGAUGCUUUCGGGUAUUCUCAAGGCCUGUUCCACUGGUCCAGACGUGGACACUCUCGCAGCCUGCGUCGACACUAUUGACGCGCAGUUAGACAUCUUUAUGGCUAUAGGCACUGCAGAGAGUCUUUUUGACGUAUUCAUUGAACGACUCAAGGCUAUGAGUCGAGACCAAGGAAUAGUCGUUCGCUCGCUGCUUGCGUCUCUCGCGUCCCUGGCUGCGAGGUUGCCACAAAGGGAGGAUCUGGCAAAACAGCUCUCACAGGAAUUGGCCCAGAACGAUCGGUCCAACGCGAUUGACGCCUGCUCCCCCGUCUCAGAUAGCAUGGCAACGCAAGCUCAAACGGCUGAAGGUGAGGUCUCCGAACAAAUCGACAAGCUCCUCGCCAGUGGUAACGUCAUUGACCACCCUACUAUGAAUCGUCUCUUUCGAUACGUCAUCAUCAAGUUGGAAUCCGGCUGGGGAAAAUUGGAUGACAGUCGAAGGGUAUUUUCGUCGCUUCUGUCACGACUACGGAUGCUGGACGCCCUUCAUUUCGACAAGCUUAUGGCAGACUGGGUCAGUCACAUCAGAACCCUGAAGGCACGGCCUCCGUUGCCGGAACUCUUUCCGCUCCUUGUUUGCUUCGGUUGUUUGUCAAUGUCGACAAUACUCCACACUGCCAAUGCUGGCUCUGUGGCUUUGGACACCACUCCCGAUAUUGUGACCUCAAAGACUGCAACGUACUUGCAAGAACUCCUCCAGCUUAUCAUCAUGAAGUUACCAGCAACUGCGGUGCUCGAUGCCGAAGAAACAUAUCGAUUCCAAAUUUACCAACAACGCGCCAAGUUUGAGCAUGCGAAGGGGUUCCUAGCUUUGAUACGCAAUUCACUUGUUGAAUACUCAGCUAUUCAGAUGCCCGGCCGAACUGCUUUGCUCCCUCUUGAUAAUACGGCUUGUCAGGAUAGUCUCUUGGAGACCAUGAGAUUCAUGGUUGUGGCCGAUUCAGCAAUUGUUGCAGAAGUGUUGAACAUGAGCACGCUUCCUCCGGGGGCAACAUCCUUGGCGCACAGGAUUGUCACCAGACUUUUAUUGCCUGAAGCGAACUCUGACCACCACCCAUCGUUUGACCAUAUUCUGUCUCUUGCGGACGAGCUGACAAUGCCGUUUUGUCAACUCAAACUCAACCUAAACCUCUCUGUAAAUCUGCCUAGCACCUCUGAUAUGGAGGGUGAAAAGCCGUCACGAUUUGAAGCGUUCGCCAAGGCCAUGGAUAAGGCCAUAGAAUCUCAGAAUAUCAUUUGGACGAGGAUGCUUCCAUGUCUUGGUGACGACAUUACUCAAAGCCUGAACACAGAGGCUCACACGAGAUUUUUGAAUUUGAUGCCGUCGAGCAAAUCGGAAUCGUUGGCCAACGACACGACGGACGAGAAGCGCAUCCGCCUCGCUGAAAACCUGCUCGGAGUCAUCGAGGCCAUCAUCUCGGGCCAGCCACCCUCAAGAUCUGCCUCGCUCACAAACAACUUGGUUGAUAAACUGUCCGAUAUGUGGGAGAUUGUCACGUCGCAAGACGGGGAUCGAGCGAUGGCCAAGAAGGAGGUCUUGGAGCAUUGGCUCCCUACGCUGCUACGAUUUAUUGCACUACACAGCAUUUCUUCAGAGUCGGCAAAUAUUGCCACGGCUGGACCUGGUAGCUCAGCGAAGACCGCCGCGACCCCCAACCACGAAGUACGAGCUCGUAUUAUCCUUGUGCUAUGUGGUCUGCUCCUGGAGAUGGAGACUCUUCCGAAGGAACUUACAGGGUCCCUUGCCCAGCAGAUAUUCGAUGUUGCGAUACUCCUAGUAGACGCCCUGCCAGACGAUCUACGAACACAAUGCGCCAAGUCAAUCCUCUUCCUGCCUGGUACCACAGCAAGCACAGGCACCACAUCAGAUCCACGUCUGUACUAUCUCUUCAGCACGCCGCGACCAACAUCUGCCGAGAACCUAAAGCUCGUACACCGCGACAAGUCGUCGGUGCCGUACACGGCCGCUGCCCGAGGCAUGGGGGCAAUGUAUGGCAUUGGCCCGACAUUAAACGAAAGAUUGAGCCCCUUUGUUCUCCGUCGCUGGGAGAUCCUCAGUGAACCAACUCCCAAUGUGGGCGAAAAUGACACCAGUCUCAGCCUACGAUUGUUCGAAGCAAUCAGGAUUCAAUGA